UGAGUUAUGUAAAUUAAUAUUUUAUCUUGCUGUUGAAGAUAUUGCAAAUACAUAUCGACUAUAAGGAACUGUCGAAACAGUUUUGAGUAUUUUCACAUUAUUGUACGAAUGUUUGUUGUCGAAAUGUACCGUUUGUUCUGUUCAGUCUUUCAGAACGGUAGUGCUAUGUUGGACUUGUUGAGUUCUUUCGUUAUGUUACAGGACAAGCGUUAGUUUGGGUUGAAGUGAUACACAGGAAAGUAGUUAACAUUUUGUACAGAUCAUUAUGUCAUCCAAUCAUAUAUGUUGUACAGAUAAUUGAAGACCUUGUCAAUGGAUAAACAAUUUUUUGGUUAUGUUACAGGACAAGCGUUAGUAUGGGUUGAAGUGAUUCACAGGAAAGUGUUUAGCAUUUUGUACAGAACAUUGUGUCAUCCAAUCAUAUAUGUUGUACAGAUAAUUGAAGACCUUGUCAAUGGAUAAACACAUACAUGACAGGAAACUUGAUUCCAAGCAACACUUUUUGGAUCAAAAGUUGAAUGGUGAAGCACAACACAACAGAAUAGGUGGUUGUGCUAAUAAUUUGAUGAAGUCUGUUGUUAGCAGAGAUUCUGUGGACAGAAAGUUGGCAGUUAUAUGUUGCCGUGGUUUACGACCAGCAAGUGGUGCAGUGGAUCGUGAUCUUUGGCAGUGGUAUUGUCAGGCACGGGCUAAACAACAAGGUAACAAGGUGUCUAAAAGCAUGGUACAGGCAAGAGCAAAGUGGGCAUUCCAUCAGGCAGGCAUUACAAAUUUCAAGGCAAGUGAUGGCUGGUACCGGCGUUGGAUCAACCGAUGGCGGAGGUUUGGAUUUUAUGAAGAUUCCAAAAUGAACCAGAUGCUUGGAGAGCCAUCUGUGAGUUCUUCAGAUGAUGGAAAUUACGUGAAUGAUGUCUCGGUGACGUCUGCAAACAUUAAAGAAAGGAUUAUUAGUGAGAGUAAUGUAGAUAAAGUCAUUGAAGAGAAAGAAAGAAGCAUGUCACAAGAUAAAGCAAUUGAAUUAAUAGAAGAUAAGAAUUGCAUGGAGCAGACAGAUAAAGAAGAACAGAACCAAACAAAACAUUCAGAAUCUUCAUGUUCUAAAACACUUGCAAAUCAUAAAUAUUUUUCAGAUAUGACAAAUGGUGGUGAAUCAAGUGACAAACGAAAUGGUAAAGCUAGUUGUCAAAGAACCGAUUUAAUUGAAGUAAAUGAACAUGUUUCAGAUAGUGCUACAAAUGUGGAACGUUGCCUUGACAGUGGCUCAGCAGCAAUGUUGUCAACUCCAAUGCUGGACAUUAUAGACUACUUACCACCAGAAAUAAUGCAUAACCUUCAGUGUAAUUUGCCAAAGAAGUUAUCUUACAAUAAUGAAAAUGGGUGUACAAAUUCUGCCACUGUAGAUAAUGUGUUCACAACAUCUGAUGUGGAUGCCAGUAUAGACUGCCUGUACUAUCCUGCAUCCAGUGAACUUUCAUUACAGGACCAAGUACUUUCAGAUUGUGAGAAUGAAACUUUAUCAAACAUAUCUAAUUUUCCAUUUGAAUUGCAUCACACUGAUUCCUAUUCUUUUAGCACUUCCAUGACAGCUGAAACAGAAAGAUUGAAAGAUAUAGCUGGUUUCAUUUCAUCACAGAACAAUAGUUCACAAAGUUCAUUACAUAAUUUGGCAUUUAGUAAUAUCCAUAACAGUGAAAAUGUAAUUUCAGCUUGUUCAUCAGAGGAAAGUGAAGAAGUUGUUAAUUCAGUAUUUAAAGAUGUGGGUUUGAAUGUCAGUGGAAAAGAAGAAAACAGUUGCAUUGGCGUGACUGUGAAUACACAAUCUGAUAUAUUAGCAUCAGUGAUCAGUCAUGAUGUAUUUGCUCCAGAAGUGAUAUUAGAGUCUCAUACACCUAAUGCAGAGCAGAUUGAAGAUGCAGACAGCAGAUAUGAGGCAAUGGUGUCAAGCUCAAAGAAAAGCAGGAGCUGUGGUGUUUAUCAGCGCAAGAAGGGGGAGAGGUACCUACCUCACUUCAAGGUGAAGGUUCUAGCAUAUGCAGCAAAUCACACACUGAGGGAGACAGCCAAGAAGUUUAAAGUGAAUGAUGGCACAAUAUCAUCUUGGAAGAAAGAAAAGGACUGGAAGAAGCAGUUAUCACAGAAUUCUUAUUCCUCGUAUGGUCAAAAUGAUGAGAAGAAGAAAAUGGAGGUACCAUCAGUUUGUCCAGUGGACCAGCAGUUCUUAACCUGGUUGCGUCGGUGUCGGGAGCAAGGACGGGAACUGACUGCAGUAGAGGUGAAGGACAAAGCCAGACAAAUGGUCAGCCAGGGCACAGCAGAUAGUUGUCACUGGUUCAGAUUGUGGGUUAGCAGAUUUGAUGAGGAGCAGGUAUAUCAAGAAGACUUUGAGAAAAUGAAGCGGAAGCAGGAGAGACACAUUCAGUACCCUCUUGCAUUCAAGUUGGAGGUUGCAAUAUUUGCAGAACACCAUAGUCAGAUAGUGACAGCUCGCACAUUUAAUGUUUCUCGAAAGAGAGUGUUUGAGUGGUUACAGCUGCACAGAACAAAGUUUGCUAAAGGUCUUGCAAAUGCAACAGAUAGAUGUUCACAGGCGGUAAAGGUAGAAGAAGACGUACCGAAGAAGGCUUGCUCACGGCGUUCUGAUAUUGACAAGGAGGUUGAUAUGGAGAUCUGGACAUGGUACCAAGAUCAGCAGGCAAAGGGCAGCAAACCGAGUUGGCAUGAGGUACAAGCUAAAGGGCUAAAACUAUAUCGAGGAAGAGGCAAUGAGAACAUCAAGUGUUCGUACCGGUGGUACAGGAGAUGGUGUGAUCGCUUCCAUGUAGUGUUGCGACAUGAAGGAGAUGAUGCUAUGUUGGAGUGGGCUCUGACGCAGUUAGAGCUGGGACACAGUCUCAGUCAUAACGAUCUGCAAGCGCAUGCACUUACUCUGGCUUCAGACAAUGCAUUCAAGGCUUCACCAGGAUGGGCAAUUCGGUUUUGCAAACGCCAUCCUGAGCUCCUUCAGCACAGUCCAUCACUGGACACUGCCCUACCUGGUCCACUUCUCCAAAAAGUUGAAAUGUUCCGUUGUGAAUUGCAAAAAAUUGUCCGGGACAACAGCUUAUCUCUGGAUUGUGUUGGCAACAUGGAUGAGGUUUACCUCAGCUUCUCAGCCCUGGUGUCAGGUUCAAGCUCAAAUGCAAAGCGCCAUCUACUUGUACGACGGUCAGAGAUGGAGAACUGUCAUGCAACAAUUGUAUUAGCAUGCCUGGCUGAUGGUAAUAUAUUGCCACCUGCAGUAAUUCUGAAGGUAAGUGGACUGGAGAGUGAGACUGAGUCUCCAGAUGGCUGUGUGGUAGUCCUGGAGCAGGAGGAGGGGUUGAUGGAUGCAUCCUGCAUGUGUCAGUGGUUACAACAAAUAUGGUUCAAACAUGUGCGAAAUCCUAACCUUCUGCUGCUGGAUUGCCAUGAACCACACACUGGUGAGAGCAUUGUGGCUGAGUUUUCUACUCAUCAGAGUAAUAGACUAAUUAUUCCAGGUGGCUGUACGUCAAAACUCCAGCCCCUUGAUGUUAGUUUGAAGAGCAUGUUCCAUGCAUCUAUACAGAAGCAGUGGUCUAUGUUCAACUCUCACUCAAGUGAAGUGUGGGAUGCCACUGGAAACAAACUGCAGCUACCAAGUCGCAAAGAAAUUGUGGACUGGGUGACCACGGCAUACUGCAGUUUGCAGGCUGCUGAACAGGAAACUAUACGUAGAAGUUUUCUGGUCACUGGGCUUACAGUAGCUGCUAAUAAGAGUGAAGAUCACUUCAUUGAGAAUCUGUCAAUGAUUCCAAGAGCCAAUAACUGUGUAUAGUUCUCAGCAGAGCAGUGUCCGGUAAGUUUUAUGUGUCGUGUAGAAGUGACAUGCAAAAGUACUGUAUUUAUAUGUAAUGACAUUCAGUGAACCCAAAUUUUUAUCAUAUUUUCCUAAAAUUAUAAGGACACAUAUAUUUAUAUUGUCAAAUGAAAAUGCUGUAGACUGGAACAUGAUCAUUUCCUUUUGAGCUCACCAUGUCAUUUCCAAGGCUGUGGAGUCAGAGUCAGAAGCAAUUUUAGGUGGAGAUGGAGUCGGUAAAAAUGUACUGACUCCGACCUUGACGUAAAAUCUUAAGAACACUUUCGCUACCGUGUGGGCCGCCAGCAGACUCACGCUUAGGGAGAUUUAACGACACGUUGAGCCACAUGGUGUGGGAAUAAUGCCUUGUAACUUUGGCUCUAGAACCUUAAGAAUACAAACA